AUGGUCUCCAUUAUAUGGGCGGAUUUGGUGCUACUUAUAUAUGGUACCGCCAUAAUUAAUGUAGUUGGGGACGCUGUGAAAAGUACACGCCAGCCGUCCACUGCGUAUCACAUUUUCGCAGCGGAGCCGGGGAUUUGCAGCCCCGAUUUGCUCAAAAUAACGGACUGUUCGGAGAAUCUCUAUGAGCCCAUCGACUGGUUGAUCCAGGUUAGGUAUGGGAAUGGUGACAGUGAUGGUCUUGAUGAGUUGGCAAAAGCUUUGAAAAAGUUGAUUGAGGAGGCUAUUGAGAAGGCUACUAAGUCCCUCCAAGCCGAAAAAGAUAAACUUGAAUGCCCUGUUAAGUAUACUGGACAUCCCUCUAACUGUGCCUAUAUUGAUACGCUGAUUGAGAAGGCUGGAAAAUCUAAAAAUCCAAAUGGUCUUAAUAAAGAACAACUUGUAAAAAACAAACAACACUGCCAGAAUAACCAUGAAUACUAUCGUUCCGAUGCCCAGAAAAAAGCCUUGCAGGACAUUAAAGAGCGUGAGACUCAACUCAAAGAUCUUACUAAUAAGCUUAGCAUAUUUACUGAAAAUGGUCAUCAAAAAUGCACUGAGUUACUUAAUAACCUCUGCUCUGGCCUCGAAACCUUCCUCGGCUUUAACCCUGAGACAAAAGGCUACGACGGCAGUGGCAUUGUGUACUCUGACUUGGAUAGGCUGUGUGAUGCAGUGAUGGGAUUUUUGAGUGGUGUGCUUGGUGCGGUGAAAGAUGAUGAAGCAGUUAAAACGUACGAUAAUAUGAUGAGUAAUAAGCUUGAAAAGGUACUAGAAGAGGUAAAUAAAAAAAUUGGCUCCGGGCGUGAAGGGCUUGCGGUGUCUGUCGCCGCGGUGAAGGAGUGGUUGGAGGGGUAUGGGAAUAAAGUAGAUGAAAAAACAAAUAAUGUCAUUACGAACUUAAAAACACUUAGAACUAACAUAAAUUUUAAUAUUAGUGAGCUUAGUAAAUUAGAUAAUUUUGAUAUAGCUUGGCCCGUGUGGAGGGACACUGUGAUCGGUAAGCUGAACGAAACGUUGCAGAAUGCCACGUUGGCUAUUGAGAAACUUGAUAAACCAUUGCAGGUUAAAAUCCGAAACGAGUUCGAUGAGAUUACGUUACGCAUUCAUGAAUUGGAUAGGGGUGCAAAGAGCGAUGAGAAGGAAAUUGAGAUGCUAGGAAGAAAUGUUGAAACGCAUCUUGAGGAGCUUUAUAGAGACGUGGAACAUAAGGCUUUUGAACUCGAAAGAAAGUGUAUUCUGGGUAUACAAAAAUCGUUUAAUGAGGAUAUUCAGGCGCCUAUAAAUAUCGUUAGUGCGACAUUGGAGGAGGUACGUAAAAAACUAAGUAGAUGGGGGGAAAAGGCGCAGUUAAUUGUAACGGCGGCAAGAUACAAGGCGGAGCAAAUAUUAACAAAAAUAGACAAGAAUAAACAUUCAAGCACGGAACAUCAAAACGUCGUGUCGGCUGCAAAUGCCUUGCACAAGAAAGCCGGUAUACUUCUGAAGGCCAUAGAGGAUACUAGGAAGAAGGCAGCAGACGAAGUUACCGGAGCUCUCUCGGAAGUCGUGAAAACAAACAAUGCUCUACGGUAUGAGUUGAAUGGAGUGAAAGAAAAAAUUAUGGAGAAAGUUAGAGAUUAUGUUAAUCGGCAGUUGAAGGGGGUUGACCAACUUGAUAAAUUGGAUAAGAAAGUGAAAGAGGGAUUGGUGUCGCUGCAAAGCCAUAUUUUAGGUGAUUUGAAUACUUAUUUUGAAGGUUUGGGGGAAACUAUCAUUACCGCUGCCACUUAUGCAACAGAUCCGUGGGGAUCGGUGCCCAGGAAAGGGCUUCAGGCACUGGGUGAUCAGCUCCGAGAUACUGGACUAGGCACGUUACCAGAUGUGCUCACUAAACUCGCCACUGAAAAAACGAAUUCUGCUACCAAACUUUUUUCUAGUACUAUAGAAAAUUUACUAAUGCAUAUUAAAGAAGCGUCGAACGGGCAAUUUUCAGGUGGUGGCACCCUUACUAAUCCCACAUUCAAGGAGCUCACAGAAGCCAUUACUAGCGGGUUAGAAGGAGCUAUUAAAACCGAGGUCGCUAAGCACAUUGGUGACGAUGAGCUUGCGAUUUCUCCAAAAAUUGGCACCACUCUCAUGAAGGAAUUUGACGGGGGCGACAAGAAAGUCAAAACGUUGCUUGAAAGCGGUAUAGAGGGUAUGGUUACGGGAAUUUUGGAAGAAAAGAUUGGAAAGGGUGAAGAUACGGAUGACGGUAAAGUCACCAUUACUAAAGCCAAUUUCAGCAGCUAUUACGAUUGCAUUAAACAAGAUGGAUUUACCGCCAAAACAAUUCUAUCCGGCAGUGCGAGUGAAGGAACAUUGCCAGAUAAGAUUGGCAAUAUUAAGAGAAUUGUGAUUGCGGCAUUAUCUGUUAAUGAAGGCACUAAACCCAUAGACAGCACUGCUCUCAAGUCAGCCCUUGCAGCGUUCAAUAGUAAGUUUGAAAUUUUCACCGAUACUAUAAAGAAAUGUGUUGUAAAUGAACAGAGUAUGCAUGAUAUAGAGAAGAAAGGCGUUAAGGGUUUGCUCACCGAUCUUAAGACCAUGCUAACGGAAGAUAGCGUUCAAAAUCUUAAUUAUGAUAUUCAGUACGGCUUGACUAAACUUCAGAAAGAUAUAGACGGUAUUCUCGGCACAAAUGGCCGGGUCAACUCUGCGAACCUUGGAAAAAUAAUUGCCGCAGGCACUGAAUUUCACGCGAAAAAAAUUGACAAGCAUCUCGCAGAUUGCUUCUCCGACAUUGCUGCAUUUCUUGAAACGCGAUGUGAUUCUAAAAUAAACUCAAUAAAACAUGAAGCUCUAUAUCGCCAUCGCGAUGCUACCAAACAGCAGUUGGAAAUUUUGAAUAGAGGUGUUAGGGACAGGGUUGACGAUAUCAAAAGUAUUAUUGACACUGAUGUAAAAACCGGCGUUAAAGGUCUCAUGAGAUGGAUGGGAGGAGAGUUGGAUGCGUCUGGAGCUAAAAGUUCAACAAAUAAGCUUGACGAUCUAAAAACCACUGUAAUGUCAUCGGACAAUAUUUACGAAAAAUUCAAAAAAUUAUCGGAAUCAUUUAGAUAUUACUUUGGUCUUAUCUACAGGCAUAUUAAAUAUGAAGUCAACGACCCAACCAAACAGCUAAGCAAAAUCAAAACCAACUUCGACAAAUUACUUAAUCAUUUAAGUGCCUCAAAUAGCACUAAAAAGUAUAAUUACGAUAAAACUUUCGCUGAUUUACUCUCCCACCUCUCCUCCUCCCUCGCCUCUCUCCAGCCCUCCGCCUUCGCCAACCCCCGGCACCCGGAGCUGCUCGAUGCGGUCAAAAAGGGGCUGCAGGGGUUUGUCACGGAGAUGGGGAGGGUGUAUGUGAACAAGUACGAGGGAGCUCAGGCAAUCAAUUGGAACGAAAAAGAAUCUUAUGACAACGUUAAUUUUGCGAAAAUAACGCUAACUAUAAUUGACCUCCUGGAGCGUGAUCUUGGUAAGCUGAAAGUAGAUUGCUCCGUAAAUACCAGGAUGCAAACUAAAAUUAUUUUGAAUAAUUUGCUUGGUAAGUGGUUCCAGAAUUGCGGUUUUAGAGUGUCGGCUGAUGAAAGUAGGCAGAUGAGUGAACUGCACCGGAAAAAAGGGACGUCGGACCUAAAAGCCAUACUUAUCGGCGGUUACAAACAACUUUACAACACCGACAAAAACAAGCCAGGCACGCUUCUGUAUCAUAUUCACAACUACAGCAGCGUAUGCCAUCUCGCUAUGCGUCCCAAACCGCAGCCCCCAACAACCAUCAACGCAAUGCUCCACUGGCUUGCCGGGCUGUAUUGGAAUCCAAUGUAUAGCAAAAUAGAGAGCCAUAUCCCACAAUGGUAUGAUGCGCUGACAGCGGGGUACAAUCUAAAGGACGGCAACUUAUCCGUUGCCGUUCCAUCCAGGGCCACCAUAAGUAAGAAAGGAACCAUAAACCAUACAUUUGUCGGACAACCGCUUAACACGGUAACUAACCGCCCGUAUCAGAUACUGGUUCGCAUCCUCGGCCAUGGCCAUGCGGGUGGCAGUUAUGCCUGUGAAUUGUUUACCAACCCGGACGAUCUAGACUAUCCAGGGAAUGCUGGUGCGUGCUUCGAUUUACUUGUAGAAGUAUUGUUUAGAGUUUAUCAACAAAUAUGA